AUGAACCCACCUCCGUCGCUGCCCGCCACCCCCAAAAAGGAGCUCCAACUCCAAGGCCCCCGCCCCGCCCCUCUCAAACUCAGCAAAGACUCCGUCAAAAUCAAGAAGCCACCGCCUCACCCCCACCUCCUCCGCCACAACCCACCUCCCCAACACCACUCCCUUCCGCCGCCGCAGCACCACCAACCCAUCGUCAUCUACACCGUCUCUCCCAAAGUCAUCCACGCCUCCGUCAACGAGUUCAUGUCCCUCGUCCAACGACUCACCGGCCCUUCCUCCUCUCCCCCCGGCAACCUCUCCCCCGCCGCCCGCCUCGCCUCCAUCGAGAAAACCUCCCCCUCCUCCGAUCACAAUAAGCACUUCCCGCCUCUAAAUACAACCCAAACCGCCGCCGCCAUUGACGACGACUUUAUGGACAGUAUUCUGGAAGGUAUUGACAUCAUGGGUCAGUUCCCGGGAAUACUCUCCCCUGCGCCGGCGACCAUGCCGCCGAUCCCACCUGGGUACUUCUCACCGGCCGCUGAAGACCCGCAAAACUUCAACAACUGGCAAGGAGUAGUUGCGAGCUCCAACAACAUCAACAGCGGCUUCAAUAGCUUCAUGGCCAGCCCUUCAACUCUGUUUUCUGCUCCUCUGGUUUCUCCGAGCCCUUCUUCAUGGGACCUCUUCAACAAUUUCUUAGACUCGUAG